AUGCAAUCAGGAAUUACAGCCUCUACGGAGCUACAAGAAGCAUUCAACGAUUUCACAGCCGACUCGUCCUUCUUCGCCCUACCCAUAACCAUAAGCAAUGAAGCACUCACACCUCAACAACCGAUACCUUUCACCUCCUCAGAUUUCACCUCCUCCCUACCCAGCCUGAAAGACCACCUCCAGCCAAAAACACCAAUAUACCUCAUCCUCCGACCUUCACCAGCCGUAAACCAUGGCUUGAUCGCCGUCACCUACGUACCCUCCGUCGCACCAGUACGGCAGAAGAUGCUCUACGCCAGUACACGGAAUACUUUGACAAGAGACCUGGGACUAGAAAAGUUCGGAGACUCAGUAUUUGCGACGGAUGAUUUUGAGGUUCUGGAUCCAGGACACUGGGAGGCAAGGACUCAGGGUGCAGGGACGAAGAAAGAGGGUGGACUUAGUGCGGGGGACGAUAUACUGACGAGAGAAGAACGAGAACUACAGAGCGUUAAGCGCGCCGAAGAAGAGGAGAGGCAUGGGACACAGGGACGAGAUCUGAUGGGUUCAGGCGGGAGUGGUGGGCGGUUAGCUAUGAAGACGACGGAUGACGCGAGACAGGCGCUGAGUACACUUGGACAAGAGGGGAGUUUCGUGCAAUUAGGGAUUGAGGUUUCCAGCGAGACGUUGGAAUUGUUGAAGAGUGAAGAGGGAAUACAACCUGGUGGUUUCCUGGAAGCUGUGCCCGGUGAUAGGCCGUCGUACUCAUUUUACCACUACCCUGGCACGGAGGAGGUGAUCUUCUUGUACACGUGCCCGGGGUCAAGUAAGGUGAAGGAGCGAAUGGUCUAUGCUAGUGCACGAGCGAGUGUGCUGCAGCUGGCGAAAGGCGAGGGAUUGAAUGUUACGAAGAGGCUUGAGCAAGGAGAUACUGGAGAAGUUACGGAGCAGAGGUUGAUGGAUGAAGCUGGGCUGAAAAGCGCGGGUGCAGAAUCUGCGAAUACGAGGCAGGGAUUUGCGAGACCGAAGAGGCCGGGGAAGAGGUAG